GGGCGGUGCUUGUUUCCCGGAAGAGUGAGCGGCGUGACUUGGCUUCACGUUGUUGCUAUCUUCAAGUUUCCAGCUGUCAUUUUUACAUUUGUCAUAUUGUUCACUUGCUGGUCAGUCUACCAGAAUGGGCGACGAUGAGGAAAAGUAUGACGGGAUGUUGCUCGUUAUGGCACAGCAACACGAAGGAGGGGUACAGGAGUUAGUGAACACAUUUUUCAGCUUCCUUCGCCGCAAGACUGAUUUCUUCACUGGUGGAGAAGCAGGUGCCCCAGAGAAGCUAGUGAAGGAGUGCUUUGCCCACCACAGUCAGCUCGCACUGAAGGCCCACAGAGAAAAACAGAACAGACAGGAGAAGGAAAAGAAAGAGAAGGCAGAAAGAGCAGCCAAACUGGCAGAGGAGGAGAGGAAGAAGAAAGAUGAGCCUAAAAUUCGGGAACUGACCGAUGAGGAGGCAGAAAAGCUUCAGACUGAACUUGACCAGAAAAAGAAGCAAGAGAAAAAUGAGGCUACGGUGACAAAUGCAGAACACACCACUGACAAGGCAGACAAAGAGAAGGGGUCGGACUCAGAGGGAGAGGAGGAUGAGAAGGACAAAGAUAAGCUGAAGCCCAAUGCAGGCAACGGGGCCGACCUGCCCAACUACAAGUGGACACAGACGCUUUCUGAAGUUGAUCUGGUGGUGCCUUUUGAUGUGAAGUUCCGCAUCAAAGGUAAAGAUGUGGUGGUGGACAUCCAGCGGCGCACCCUGAAGGUCGGCCUGAAGGGACAUCCUCCCGUUGUCGAAGGCCAGCUCUACAACGAAGUGAAAGUAGAGGAGAGCUCCUGGCUCAUCGAGGAUGGAAAGACUGUCACCGUCCACUUGGAAAAGAUUAACAAAAUGGAGUGGUGGAACAAGAUUGUUGCCACAGACCCGGAAAUCAACACCAAGAAAAUCUGCCCCGAGAACUCAAAGCUCUCGGACCUGGAUGGCGAGACGCGUGGCAUGGUAGAGAAGAUGAUGUACGAUCAAAGGCAGAAAUCAAUGGGCCUGCCGACCUCUGAAGAACAGAAGAAACAAGACAUUCUCAAAAAGUUCAUGGCUCAGCACCCAGAAAUGGAUUUCUCCAAGGCCAAGUUCAGCUGAGAGUCGCUGCGGUCAUCCUAUAGUAACUAAAUCCAUGAUGCCUGUGAUUCAUGAGAAUCCCCAUCAGAACCAGCAUCAGGCGCUGAGCUUGCUGCUAAACCACCCCAACCUCCUGCAAACCCCCCCCACACCCCUCUUCGUCUAGAAAAUGUAUUUGUGGACUUCAUGUAUUGAGUUGAUAUAGUUCAUGUCAUUUUUUUGUUUUGUUUUGUUCUUGUUUUUUUUUUUUUUUUUUUUAACACAUGAUGAGCUUGAUGACUGUAAUGUCCAUAUUUCCCUUUGCAUGUGUUCUGAAUAUUUGAAGAUGAUGUCUGGAUUUUUUUAAUAAACUCAGAGUGAAAGCCA